GUUGUAGCGUUAAAGUGCAGAAUUGAACUGUUCAUUAACGGUCGUAUUUCGUUAGCCAUGUUGCUUUCACUGCGGGUGGUCGAGGCUGAAGAGACCCAAUCAGUUUCCACAGGUCUCCAUUUUUGCCUGGUCAGACUACAACGAAGGUCAGCGGUUCCUUAUUAUUACCGACUUAGUAUUGAUUCCUGAAGCUAGUAGCCGAGGUCGUUUAUUAGCCUAGCAGUUAAUUAACUACUAAUUGCAUCUUAAAAUGGUGUCUCGUUAGUGGCAACAGAAGUUGAAUUAAAAACUGCCAUUCAACCCUCCAACACAGGUGAACAUAAAACUUUCGGGUUCAGCGUGUUGGUUGGUGGUUUUGCCCCGAGACGUACGUUAGUGUAACCGGUGUGACGUCACUCCGUGAUGAAGAGAGAGAGAGAGAGAGAGAGAGAGUCGGUGUGGAAGCUGCCGAUCACAGCGGAUCUUCACACUAAGAGGCAGCAGCUGCGUCUCCUCCUUCUCCUCUUCCUCCUCCUCCUCCCUCUCCUCCUCCUCCUCCUCCACUCGGGCACCGACCAGGAGCGAACUACCCAACGGGGAGGGAACGUGCAACAUGCCCGCUGAACAGCUCCAGCCGGGCCCGGUGUCGGUUCUUCCACCUCUGGGGGGAUUUACGCGGACGAGCGGACGGAGAGUCCUGGUGGAUCCGAAGCGCAGGGAGCUGUGAAACUGGAAAACUUCCUCACACCUGGAGCAGAUUUUGUAUUUUGGUGAAAGUGCUGCGGUGGAGGGGAUCACCCCGGGUAUCUGCUACUGCAGCUGCUACCGGUCGCCACUGCGCACCGUGACGCACCGGGUAGCGCGAGGAGGACCCCCGGCAGCUUCACCCGGAGAGUCUUGGGAGGGAAAGAAAAACCUCUUUGCUGCUUAAAACCUCCUCCACUCUGGAUUUGUCACUUCAGACUCGCGCGUGGUUUCAUAUCCUGGAGAUGCCACCUGUCUCUCGCCUCCGUCCUCUGGAUCGGAUUGGGAUGGAUGUGGCGUCGUGAGGAGGCACCAGCCUGCGGAUAAUCUCAGUUUGGACUUUUUGGCGCCCGGUGCGGUUCGCAGCUCUCCCUCAUGCAGCUCCUCCGGCUGGCCUGGGCUCUGACUGCCGCUGCGGUCUGCUUUCUGCUCCUCCUGCUCCUCCACAACCAGAUCCUGAGAGAAGGUCAGCUGGUGGCGGGGACCUGCGAGAUCGUCACUCUGGACCGGGACAGCAGCCAGCCGAGGAGGACCAUCGCCCGACAGACGGCCCGCUGCGCCUGCAGGAAGGGACAGAUCGCCGGGACGACACGAGCCAGACCGGCCUGCGUCGACGUUCGUAUCGUCAGGAGUCGACAGUGGUGUGAGAUGACUCCUUGUUUGGACGAUGAAGGAUGUGAUCUCCUGGUCAAUCAGUCGGGCUGGACCUGCACGCAACCAGGAGGCCGAGUCAAGACCACCACGGUCUCCUGACAGCGGCGGCGAGGUCAGACACUCCCCAGAGAAGGAUUGGUUCCCACUGUACAUCACCCAUCAUCGCUGCGCCCAGCAUCUGCUGCUGCCGCCACAGCUGCUGACAACCAAUCAUCAGCCACUACUGGGGCGUCGGCGCUCGUCGCUUCGUUCACGGGGUGAACAAGUUCCUCCUGGAAAGAAAGCGACUCAGUUUAUGUUCCAGGAGAUUUGAAUAACGGGGAGUACGAUGAGCUGCUGGAUCGAUAUCUUUUGUUUGGCACCAAACUCUGUUUCGUUUUUACAGACCAAAGAUGAACAGAGCCAGUGAUGGAGACGUUUUAAGGGGGUGGAGACUUUCAGGACUCCCCCCAUGACACCAUAUUCAUGUAAAGAAAUGAACACGUUGUGAUAUAUAAGUGACUUAACUGAGCAAAGUAAUAUUGUAUACGAGUUGAUAAAAACAUGUAUCUGUAUGAGGAGAAGCUGUUGAUGUUUCUGUUGGCACCGUCCAGCUGUUCAUGUGCUGAACAUCAGGCCGGUGGAGAAGGUGAAAAAUCACAUCGGGCAUUUUAAUGAUAAGAACAUAAAACUUUGGGCACUUUUAGCGGACGACUGAAGACAUAUUUUAACGUUUAGAGGCAGAAAUCUGUCAGUAAAUCACGUCGCAGGAAUAAUGUCUGACGUGGAAACCAGGCGAAUGAACUGUAACACGUACAGGUUUGAUUCUAGAUCGAAUCGGGACAGAAGAACUUCCAAGAACUGGAAUCAAAUCAAACCGUGAGCUAAUUAGCAAAUGUUAGCAUGCUAACAUGCUACACGUCCAACAAUUUACCUGCAUAGCAUCAUCAUGCUAGCAUUGUUAUUGCUAGCAUGCUGAUGUUAGCAUGUAGCUCAAAGCGCAGCUGUGCUUUAACAGCGCCCCCCAGUGGACAGAGGAUAUUUCUAUUUACACUGUGUCUGACUUAAAAAUAUUCUCCAGGAUGUUUAUCAGUGUGCAAAGUUUCCGCUUCUUAUCUGGAGGAUGAUGAUGAUUUCUGACUCUUAACCACCGGACUGAGACAUUAUGCAUUACAUCCGAUUUUACAUUCUCCAGUGCCACAUUUGGACAAACACGCACUCAGCAUGGCAGGUUUCAACGAAACAACAAGCAAACCAUUUCUCCGUAGAAGCCGAGCUGUCGUGUCCGUUUUGGGGGGAGAGAAGCAUUAAAUGUAUUUUCAAAUGCCUAAAGUUCUAUAUUUAACAAUUUUAUAUGUUGUAUCUUUGUAGAAAACCUUAUUUAACAUUUAUGUUGCUCAUCAUCCACUGGAUUCACAGCCAGCUGCAGCACAUUGAACGUUGCUGCUGGUCAAAGCUCGAUAAUGGUUUCUGACAGUUUUUCAGCAGGGAUGGAGGAAGAUUUUAUGAUUCCACUUUCUGAUAAGUCACCCUUUAUAAAGCAUUUAUAAGCUGUAACUAAUGUUUUACUAAGCACCUGAAUCAAAGAGCUUCAGCGCAAAUCAAGUGUCAUGUUCGGGGAGGAUAGACAUCAGUCAAACUGUGAAGCAUGAGUAAAUAAUUGACUAUCUUUAGUUACGACUUAUAACCCCUUUUUGUCAGAAAGUGGCAUCGAGUUUUCCUUCAGUUAUUGUAGGUUAUGUACACCAAAUCCCAGAAUGCAGUGUCUCUGUACGUCAUUGCCUUAUUCAUCUUAGUCUCAAUCAGCCGGAGGAGAUGAACUCACCUUCUCUGUUUUGAUGCUCUGCUGUUGUGAACCAUGUUUUUCAUUAAACAGAAAACACAAGUUCAACCGUC